CUGUAUCUUUAAAGGAGGGUGCUGUGGGGAGGGGUGAUAGAAGAAUAGUCCAUAAGAGGGACCGGAGGUGGUGAGGGCAUCCCAAGCGCAAGAUGUCAGGAGAGGACGAGUUUUACCUGUUUCAGAAUAUCUCCUCGGUGGGGCCCUGGGAUGGGCCUCAGUACCACAUUGCUCCUGUCUGGGCCUUCCACCUCCAGGCAGCCUUCAUGGGAUUUGUCUUCUUUGCAGGGACCCCACUCAAUACCACGGUGCUGGUGGCCACACUGCAUUACAAAAAGUUGCGGCAGCCCCUCAACUACAUUCUGGUCAAUGUAUCCCUCGGGGGCUUCCUCUUCUGCAUCUUCUCUGUCUUCACAGUCUUCAUCGCCAGCUGUCACGGAUACUUCCUCUUUGGUCGCCAUGUUUGUGCUCUGGAGGCCUUCUUGGGCUCUGUCGCAGGUCUAGUGACAGGAUGGUCAUUGGCUUUCCUGGCUUUUGAGCGCUACAUUGUCAUCUGUAAGCCCUUUGGCAAUUUCCGCUUCACCUCCAAGCACGCACUGAUGGUGGUCCUGAUGACCUGGAUCAUUGGUAUCGGGGUGUCCAUCCCACCCUUCUUUGGCUGGAGCAGGUUCAUCCCUGAGGGCCUGCAGUGUUCCUGUGGCCCAGACUGGUACACCGUGGGCACCAAGUAUCGAAGCGAGUAUUAUACCUGGUUCCUGUUCAUCUUCUGUUUCAUCAUUCCUCUCUCCCUCAUCUGCUUCUCCUACUCCCAGUUGCUGAGGACUCUCAGAGCUGUGGCAGCGCAGCAGCAAGAGUCGGCUACGACACAAAAGGCUGAACGGGAGGUAAGCCAUAUGGUGGUGGUGAUGGUCGGAUCCUUCUGUCUCUGCUAUGUGCCCUACGCUGCCCUGGCCAUGUACAUGGUCAACAACCGUAACCACGGGCUGGACUUACGGCUUGUCACCGUCCCUGCCUUCUUUUCCAAGAGCUCAUGUGUCUACAACCCCGUCAUCUACUGCUUCAUGAAUAAGCAGUUCCGGGCUUGCAUCCUGGAGAUGGUGUGCAGGAAGCCCAUGGCAGAUGAAUCUGACAUGUCUGGCUCUCAGAGAACUGAAGUUUCUACAGUUUCUUCUAGCAAAGUUGGCCCUCACUAAGGACCCUCAGUUGGCCUGCUGGCAGCAAACACAAUGCCACAUUUAAGUAUCUGCAUCUCCAUUAGAAUCCUAACUAUUGACAAAGUAGGGAAAAGAUGGGAGUGGGGACACUCUGGGAGUCAGCUUCAUUUUCCUGUUACUCUCUGCUUGUCAGCAGGGCCACAGGGGCCAUUUCAACAGUCACAGUUCAUUUCACCUCUGGAGAACUGUGUGAGAAGGGCUAGGUUUUUGGUGCAUAGGUAAUACUUUCCUUUUUGGUCAUUUUUUUCCCUUCCUGCUGGGGAUCUGAGCUGAUAUAUCCUGUGUUAGAAUAAGCUCAGCAUGGGGCAGUGUCAAGAGAAGGCAGCAGACACCAAGCACCUGCAGUGAACUGAGGAGCUUCCUCAGGCAGCCUCUCCCAGUUGCUGCAGUCUGGGCUAUGGCUGCCAUGGCCAGACGGCCCCACCUCACCUCACUCAUCUGACACAGUUAUUCUAGGUGUUCUCCCCUCCAUUUGGCUAAAUGUAUCCAUUUAAAGAUGUGCGUUGAUUAAAGUUAGUGUCUUAAUCUCUUGAUGUCCUCAAAAUGAAUUUGCAUGUCUCAGUGGCAUUUAUAAAUCAACUCCAAGUGCUAAAAACAUUUUACCUUACACUCUCCUCACACCUGCUACUCCUGGGAAAUGAGCUCCUUGAGACGAAGACCAGAAGUGUGUGCUGAGUCACACACAGGGAAUGCUGGGUGUUGAUACCAGGCACUGGAAAGCAGGAGGGCCGUAAGCUGGGAGAAGGAACCAGAAACCUCAGGAAUAGAAAAGGACUAAGUGUGAGGAAGAAACGGAAGUAAUGAAGAUCAUACAGAUCUGUGUAUUUAUCUUAGAAACCUGAGGGUUAAAGACUUGGAAUACAAUAAUUCCUAAGAGGCCCAUCAAUAAGAGACCAAAAGAUGGGUAAAUGGAGUUGGAAAAAUCCCUUUUCUGACAUUUUAUAACAGAACUCUAAGCUACAAUUCCAUUUCUUUCUUUUUAAUGAUUUGUUUUUAUUUCAUGUGCACCACUAUUUUGCCUGCAUGUGUGACUGUGUGAGAGUGUUGGAUCCCCUGAACCUGGAGUUACAGAUAGUUGUGAGCUGCUAUGUGGGUGCUGGAAAUUUAACCCAGGUCCUGCCAAAGAGCAAAAACAGUGCUCUUAACUGCUGAGCCAGCCCUGUCUUGGUUUCUUGGGACAGGGUCUCUCUAUGUAGCCUUGGCUGACCUGGAAUAUAAUCACAUUUUCAAGAAAAUGAAAGACACAUAGACCCUU